AAGAAGCAAUAUUCCCGAAACUCUCAACAAAAUUUACCUGCUGACGCAAAUCUACAAUUGUUACUGUUUUCCAUUGCGAAUGCGGAAAGGUGUUCAAGCACAAGUGCAACUUGCAAGCUCAUAAGAAGUGGGAAUGCGGCAAGGAGCCGACUUUCAAGUGUCCGCACUGCGAAUUUACGACCUACUGGAGGAAGAGCAUUAAACUGCAUAUAUUCAACCGGCACAAGUCCAGAAUAUGAUUUUAUUGAACUUUUUUUACCUUGUUUCUUCUGCAAGUGCGGUCGCGUGUUCAAGCACGAGAGGAACUUCUACACUCAUUCGAGGUGGGAGUGCGGUCAAGAGCCGAGGUUCAAGUGUCCAUACUGCCCAAAGAAAAGCCACCGAAAGGCAAAUCUAAACAAACACAUCCAGAACAAACAUAUUCUAGUCAAGGAUAAUCCGCUAUUUUUACCCAUUUCGAUCUAGUCUAUGCUUAAAUAUAUAAUAUGUAUAUGCGUAUAUACAAGAGUUGUAUAUAUAUUGAAUGUUCCUAAACAAUUUAACACAUUUAAAUAAAUAAAAAUUUAUUUUUGUAUGAAUAUUCUUUUUAUUGAAUCACGAUAAUAAGGGGGAAGGUUCGAACGGUUGUAGGUUGAG